AUGUCAGAACGGCUUCCCGGUAUCAGAGAGCUCGACAGGCACGUAGUGAUCCAUCACCCAUUUCCAUCAACUUCAUCCCCCUCCAGGCUGCCUUCGUUGGGGAAACAGCCGCAGCGUUCCCAUGAAACGGGUCAACCGUCUCCAUCUAAUGUUCAGCCUCCGCUUUCCGUCUACGAGUCACCGACAGCGACGUACAUGUGGCCUCGCUUCGAUCCUGCAUCGAAAGUUCCACAGGCGGACCGAGCCGUCAUCUAUGUUAAAUAUAAACCACCCCCGGCCGUUGUUUCUCCAACCUUCAGUGUACCCCCGAAAAGAGCAAGGCAAGAGGAUGACAUUACGGCUGCCAGACCCGAAGCACGUUACUCCAGGAAGAGGAGCUCGUCCGCUGAGUCCGACCCAUGCCCCGGUAGUCCUUCCGACAGACUACUGAAGCACCCAAGGUUCUCGCAUUCGAUACCACCUUCACGAGCCGCCGAAGUGUCACAAGACUAUCACCCACUUGCGCGGCGGACGGAGAGCGACCUGCCUGUGGCGCUGAGAAGUUUAGACAUUGAUUCAGAAGGUACUGACGAAGACGUAUAUCCGCGCUCAUAUUCUUGUCACGCAUCUCAUCAACGAUCGAGCGAAUCUUCCCUCCCUCGCCCAAGCCACUCCCGCGUUUCUGAUCUGAAUGCUGCCGAUGUAGUAUCCGGAGAAGAAUGGUUUAAGUUUGUUCACGCCCCAGAGUCUGCCAGCAGCUCCUCGCGGCCAUGUGUCUGCCAUAUCUGUGGGAAGGGCUUCUCUCAGAAAAGUAAUCUUGAGACCCAUCUAAAUACUCAUACCGGCGAGGCGCCCCACAAAUGCCCGUAUCCUGGAUGCGAAGAGUUCUUCAAAGAUCCUGCCCGGCGACACCGACACAUGAAAGCAGUGCAUCACCAUGUUUCUUCGCGCAGCAAGAAAAAUAGGAAGGACCUGGGUAUGUCGUCCGCGGAAGGCACCGACGCUGAGGAGUAA